GAAUGUAAUGAGAGAGUAAACAUGGGAAGUCUCACAAUGGUGGCAGCUGAUCCAGGAUCUCCAAGAUCCCGAAUUGAUGUUAGAGAUAGAGAUGACACAGAGGUGAUAAAUAUUAAAAACUGUCUUAGUGGACUAGGUAUAAAAAUUGCUGGUGGGAGAUCAGCCCUUGGAGCUGACUUUGGAAUCUUUGUCAAGAAAGUUUUAAGUAGAGGUGCAGCUGAUCUUGAUGGACGGUUAAGAGAAGGAGACCAACUUUUAGAAGUAAAUGGGUGCAGCCUGCUCGGAGUAUCAAAUGACAAGGCAAUGUCACUCCUGCGCAGUGCUGCACAGUCUAACAAUGCAAAAUUGCUCAUUAGCAGAGAUGUCCAGGCUAGGCAAGAGUUUGCAAACUUGAUGACAGCGUUAAAUGGUGGAUCCAUGAUAUCAGAUCUCACCAAUGGUUCAACAGCACCUGGAUUAACAAGGAGCGGCAGUUUUGGUAGUUCACGAGCCUCGACUCCCUCGCCAACUAUGGGGAAACGUUCAUGGGUGAUGACUGCUGGGCGGAUGUCACCUCUCAUGGGUGGGAGACAUGGCAGUCCUGUCUUGUCACCCACCAACUCACUGGAUAGACCUUCAGCUAGUCUGCAGAGAAUGUAUUCCAUGGACCUACCAACACUUUCAGUGGGUCCUACUGUGGUUCAACACACCCCUGGGGCUCAGGAACCUCCCUCUUACAACUCCAGUCUCCAAAAGCUGUCCACACCAGCAAGCAGAACACAGUACACCCGUCACCUAAAUGGCAACGCCCAUUCUCCUGACGAACCACCUGAGUUCAAUGGAAGUGGACAUCUAACUGUAGAACAGCAAAGUGUUUCAUCAGAGUUCACUAAUGAUUCUGGUCUGCCUACUGAUAGACAUUCUAAUAGUUCUUCUCCAACAUUUGACCAUCCUGGUGAACUGCAGACCAUUCAGAUUCAGUACUCGACCGGACUUGGGCUGUGUAUUAUCGGCGGAACAAACAGACCUGAGGGGCCACAUAUUUUUAUUGAUGAUAUUAUUGAAGGAGGAGAUGCCCACAAGGAUAGAAGACUGAAAAGAGGUGAUAGGCUCAUCUGUAUAAAUGGAGAAACUCUUGUUGGAAUUACCCAUGAGCAAGCAAAAUCUCUUUUGACAAGACUCAAACUGAGAGGACAAGACACAGAAGUAACAUUUAUUCGAGGUGGUCAUAGACCAGGAAGUCAGACACCUAACGGCUCAGCAAGUCCAGCACACAACAGUCCCAGAGGGAACUCCGAAAAUGGAUUUCCAUCGGCACAAAAUUUUCAUCUGAAUCUCAGUGGGUUAGACAACUUAAGCUCUCCACCUUCAUCAAGCAGAUCAUCCAGAGCAAGUGAACCUGAUUUAAGUAACACAGAUGUUUUUAUGAAAGAACUGUUGGUAGAGGGUUUAAACCAAUCAGCAAGGAGUGAUAGUAGGGAAAGUAGCUUAAGUGUCGAAACUUUCCAAGGAAGUCCGCAAUCGCAGGUAUCACCUCCUGCAUUAUCAGAUUCCCAACCAGCUGUUAUGCAACCAACUUCGCAUCCAAUACAGCCUGUGGGAGGUGUUAGGAACCAUUCAGUGAUGCCUAAUUCUCACCCACAGCUAGUUAAUGGUUUUUACCCAGCACCAAGUGCAGUCCCACAGCGAUUGUUUGGUAGUUUUCAGCCAGCUAUGUCAUCUACACCAACAACAGUUGAUAAUGUACCUAAUGGAUUUCCUGGGAAUGUGCAGCAAGCUCCAUGGAAUUCUUCUCCUCCCUAUGUGAAUGGAGUUCUUGGGAGCCAACCCCAGCUUAAUCAAACAUCUAUUCCAGUUUCUGGAAAUGGAGCAGGGCCUACCGCUGUCAUACAACCUCAACAACUACCACUUAGUUCACUCCACAUCAGCCCCGUACAGACAGCAUUUGAACCCUCGUCAGUCCCUUUCUACUUACAACAAGAUCUGGAAGCCCUCCAGCGAGUUGCACAACAGCACGCUUCACCUCCUUCAGGUCAGCAGUCCAGUCCAAGGCCUGUGAAUGAACAGCAGUCGCUCCUGACCACAACAGCUGCGGCUGGGAGCAUAAGGGCCAGGCGACAUGGGCGCGGCAGCCGGCGACUGUCACUGGACCCUCAUACCAAGUUAAGGGUGGAAAAAUUGGAAGUGGCUUUGAGGUAUUUAGGAUUCUCUCCAACUGAAGACCAACAGCGUGAAUUGAGGCAAAGAUUACCGGCAGAUCAACACGGCUUUGUGUCCUAUGGAGAUUUCGUGAACGCAGCCAGACAGGUGUUGGCCUUUCAGUUAAAUGAUCAUUCUCUGAGUACUUCAGCAGUGCAAUUCGCAGUACAAGAUGUUAAUGCAGCAACUGCAACGACCGAAAUGGAAUCAUACGAAAAGAUGCAGCAACGAUCACAGCUUGCUUCAUUAGAAGCAAAGGCGAAGCAGAAUGCUGAAGAUGCUCAGCGGAUACGGCGAGAAAGAGACGAAGCGUUACGUGAGGUGCAACACCUAAAGAAAUUAUUAAAGAAGAAGGAGGAAGAUUGUCUGACGGCUGAGGAGGAACUCAUGAAAGCACGAAGGGAUGCGCAAGGUCUGUUAGAAGAAAGUAGAUCGCUCGAGAAGAAAGUUUAUCUGGCAUCUGAAGCCCAAAAAGCCGCUAAGGAUGUAGAACAAGACUAUGCGGAGGUAGUAAGACUUCUAGAGAAAGAACUGGAUACAUACAAAGCGAAACAGGCGGAACCAAAACCUGAUGCGAAAGAACUCCAAGAGUUACAGAAGAGACUGGUUGUUCUCGGCUGUCAACUUCGGAAAGCCGAAGUUGGUAAACGAACUUACGAAGUAGCCACGGAUAAACUGAUUCACUUUGCUGAGUUGGUCCAUGAAACUCUGUCAGAGGGAGGCUCAGGAGCGCUCCAACAGCGUGGUAAAGGCGAGUCAGUUCGUCGUGACGGCGGAGCCAAUCCUAAACCGCCAUCUUACAUGUCCCGUCAUUCCAAGUACACGCCGGCUUCCCUGGCAAAAGAAGCUCGCGAAACUGUUAAGUCAGUCAAAUCACUUAUAGAGGAAGAACCCCUUCCGUUUGGAUGGGAGGAGGCCUUCACAACAGAUGGUGUCAGAUAUUAUAUCAAUCACGUGACACAGCAAACGUCUUGGCUCCAUCCUGUCAGUCAAGUUCAACAUUUGCCGCCUAUUGCAGAAAACGAAGACAACGUCAGAGAAUCGCAAACGUGACGUCAGUGCACCGCACACGCGUCACGUGAUCCCCAUCCAAGAGCUUGUGACAGUAGUGGUGUAAACUUCAGAAGAGCGUUAUCAAUUGUAAGGCAAAUGUAAACCAAAGAAUCGAUAACAGCCGAUCAUGGCCAUUGUGAAGCAACACGUGAAAACAAGAUGUGAGGUCGGCGCCGAGCCAAGGAAAUCAUCUGCUUUGUUUAGUCAUACUUAUAAAUAAUCGCGUAGGUGGCUCUAGCGUUCACAAAAUCUUUCUAAAAUUUGGAAAAGCUUUAGUCUGUAAAGAAAGUUGAACAUAAAAGUAGUUUAUUAUCCGUGGCUAAUUUAUACUGUUGAAAUGUUGAAUGCUGCUGUUGAAGCUGAACUAACACAUUUCCUAUAUGAGAGAGAAAUUUAAUCUAUAUUGCAAACGGAAAAAGGAAAAAUGAUAAGAUUUUAUCAUCCAUGCGAUGCACAGAAAAAAUGAAUUGAAACGAUUACAAGCAAACUGAAAUGUAUGAAUUUUUUUUUUUAAUUUUUUAUCAAGCUUACAGGAGCAUUUUGCCUUAUAUUGAUUGUUUUGCUUAUUUAUUAUACCUCACUCUUUCUGUUUUUGGUGUAGAUAUUGCAAAAAUUUGUUUGUUUUAGAAUGGUGUUUUACAAUCUUUUCACUCCCAAUAUCUCUCAUGGAUUUUCCUUACUCUCUGUUUUUCUUUUCUUUUCCACACGUUCUAGUUGUGUGAAUUUCUAGUAAAAUAAAGUAGUAUCUUCUAGCUGAUAUUUCUCUUUAGUCUCAUUGCUCUUCUCUCAUUGCUUGAAAAUGAAUCAUUGCCUUAGGAGAACUAAAUUAUUUGUCACCCUUGUCAGUGAAAGGGUUUUUAACAAACUAGAACAGUGUGGUUCUUUCUAGCCUGGCUUUUAAAUAAGGAUAUUUCUGUAUGGGAGUAUUAAUUAUGUAAAUAGUAGUCUAAAAUAUGAUUGCCUUAAAUCUGACAAAAUCUAUCAACUUAUCUUAUCAUGGAAUUGUUAAUCGUCAUUAAAUAUUAUAGGUUUGAUAUGGGAAGUUUCUCCAUUUUUCCUCCAUCUUGUUCAACCGGUAUAUUUUUAUAAAAUGAGUGCAGUGGCCUCAGAGAGUAUUUCUGACUGCUAAAGUAUGGUAGUUGGAACACAUCAUGUGAUCACAUCUUUGGCAUCUAUAUAGUGUGAUAGAGACCAGUACAUUUGGUCAUCAAUAAAAUAUAGUAUAACUUUUA